UGCGGCCGGCAGCAGCGGCUCGACGGUUGAAUUGAAGCCAAGGGCAAUAAGAAUUCUAAUCGCCCGCAUCCGCCCUCGUGGGCCGCCAUCGGCAACUUGAUUUCACUCUGUGCUCAGCAUCCUCCCUACUUCUCCACCAUACCAUACCACUGAACCUCGCCAUCCGCUUUCGCCGUCGCCCGCUAUGCCGCGUCUCCAGGUGAUGGUCGGCCCAGACCGCUUCAACAUGGAGCCAUGCCGCGUUAAUGAUACCCAGCGGCCACACGAGAUCGAUACCGAGCAUUUCACGGGGAGGGUCCUUGUGAGGAUCCUGGAUGCGCCCGGAGCUAGAGAAGGGGAGGAGGGGAGGGAGUAUUUCAAAGACAGAUCGCGCAAGUUCUGCAUUCAGAUUGAGGGGAGGUUCAAGAAGAGAUGGAACGGCGAUGAGAUUCACUUUGGUAGCGACUUUGACAAGCUCGUGGAAUUUCCUAGAGCGCCCUUCAACGCUGGCAUGAGGGUAGCCAAGUACAUCGACCCUUGCACCUUCUACGAGGAGCAGCCCCCCUCCAAGCGCCCCUACAUCAUGUCACCCUACAUCGCCUGCAUGAAUGUCACCUGCGCAUGGCCCGCACCCUCACGAGCUCACGAGGCCGUGGUCGUCCUCCGUCAUACCAACAAGUCGGACCACUCGCCGUCACGCCCUUCCAGCCCGAUCAUCGAGCCAGAGAAGAAGGGCAAUGCACACUCCGCCCUCGUUGUACCCAAGCCGACCCAUGCCAAGCCUCAGGACGGCGACGACGACGACGAUGAGGGAGACGACAUUGUUCCUCGCGAGGGGCUGAAUCGCAAGGGCAGCAAGCGCGGAUCGACCUCAGCCGAAGCAACAUCGAGCGCGGCGGGCAAGCAACAGAAGAAGAAGUCAUCCUGGUUCGGCGGCGUCUUCGGCAGUGGGAGUGGACACAAGGAGGAGAGAGUCCUCAAGCCUUACUGGCGCUUCGUGGGCUUCAAUGACGAUCCGCGCGUGCGAGCUUUGCUCGAGGCGCAUCACACCAAGCUGCAGAGCAAACGCAGAAGCUUUCAACCGCCUGUUCGCCCUUCCUCGGCGAUGAGUAAUGAUUCGGGGUCGCAGGCUGUUUCGUCUCCCUCGUCCUCCAUGGGGCCUGGAGAUGUACAACACGGCAUUGCUGCCAAUCACCCGACGCUGCGCAGGCUGGGCACGAGCGUGCGAGGGGCUUUGCCUCGAUUCCAUGGCGAUGAUCCCGGUACGCCGCCUAUGCAUGGAGAGCGCGGCUCAGGAGACGUCAGCCCGCUGUACAGCCCCACCCUCUCUGGUGGUGAUCAGUUCUUCACCGCGCCCGACCCAAUUCAGCACCGUACGAAGAGCCCCCUCGCGAUGGAGGUCAAGCACGACGAUGCAGAGGUAGGAGGGUCGAAGUCACGAAACAGUGCAGAGGAUGUCCCGCCAAUGCCUCCUCUCGCCCGAAUCACGACCGAUGUUCGCAACGAGGCGGAGCGCAGCGCAAAGACUGACGGGCUGAAGGAGGAGGACUUUAAGCUUGCCGAUGAGCUUCAUCGCCGCAUCAAAGGUUUGGGUGGGUCGAGGUCUGGUUCUGGCUCAGAGGCGGCUACGCCUUCAUCACCAGCGUCAUCGGGCGGGGCCUGGCAAAGCAAGCUGGACGAUGCGUUGGGCCCUUGGCGGUUCAACGACCCUGGGACGGACAUGGUGGAAGACAAUGCUUUCAUCUUCACGAACGACUCAUUGUCCGUGCCCAAGAGAAGGAAGCACUUUGCCAACAAGGAGAACAGAGAGAAGUUCACCUACGACCCAGACGUCGUGUACGGCGCGUCGUUCUUCACGGAUGCGUGCGACCUGAACACCUUCAACCUCUCGCUCGGUCCGGUAUCACUCAACAUCGCCAGGUGGUUCAAGACGAUGCCCAUUCGCUACACGCUCAGGGCGAGGGACGAGGAGCCCGUGUUCUGCACAAUCAGCUUUCAAUUGGUGGAUUGAGAGGGCGGCAGGGGGUGAUGCAAUUGCGAUGAUUGACUAGAGGGGUAUAGAGAGAGUAAGAGCUAGAUACACGUACGAAGUAGAGCUCCUUC